CUCCACAACACCCUGGGGCAGCUGCCGCUACUCAGUGCCUUGCUGGCAGAGCUGUCGGUGCUCACCCACAGCACCAUGCCUGCUGCUGUCCAUCCCCAUCUGGCCUGGCUCUACCAGGCCCGUGGGGGUGGUGGCACGGCCUCACGGGCCCCCAGCCCUAGCCAUUCCUCUGCACUCAAGCCUGCAGAGGCACCUGUGGGGCCUGGUGGGAGCAGUGGAGCUGCCAGCCCUCAAUGCAAGCAAGGCCAGCAAGCGGCCACCUCACUAAGGUCUUCUCAGGCUGUGAGAGUACAGAAGAAAGCUGUACCCCAGGGAGAGAGAGGCUCUGAAAGAAACUGCAAAACUAAGGAAAACAGGCCUCCCAGAAGGAAACUGUUGUACGGGCUGACAAAUACACUGAGGCUACGGCUGCAGCGGACCAACCCUGAUAAGCUGAUAAUUCAUGAAAGGAGAGAACAGUACAGAAAAAAGCAAAUGGAGAUGCUGAAGGAGAGAAGCCCUUUAUCCAAAAGAAAGCUGCUCAGAAAUGCUGGAGAACAGGACGUGGUUUCUUACAGGCAUUGUAGCAAGGAAGACAGUUCAAAGCAGAAUAAUCAGUUUGAUAAAACUGUUGAGACUUCAUUACAAAACAGUGCUCUCUCAAAGUACCUCUCCAUGACAGGAGAUGUGUCCCCUGACCUGCAGAAACAAGCUACUGAAAGUCUCUUGAAGAACGAUAAAAUUGUAACCAAGGAACAUCCAUGCAAAGCAACUACAGCCCCCUUAGUGGAUGAACCUGUAUUAAAAUCUGAUCACGGGGAAAAGUAUGCGAAAGUCCAACUCCCAGCAGCUUUCCCGUCAGAUGCUAAUGCAAAGGGAAGUAAUGAGGAAGCAAUACACUUAAUCCAUACUAAAACCACGAAGCGUGAUGAUGCAUCUGUUGUAAGUGAUCAUAAACCAAGCCCCAGCAGGAGUGUUGAAAACAACUCUGAAUUCAUAUACUCAGAUGACUUUGUUGCUAGUCCUGAGAACACAGUUUAUUCCGAAGAUUUCACCAGUGCUGAGUGUACGGGCAGAGACUCGGAAGCUCUUGACAGCAGUCCUGAACCUCAGUGGCUUGAAAGCCCAAAGCGAGGUUGGUCAGAUACAGAGCUGGAAUCCAGCAGGUCUAGAAUUUCAAAGACAAGUCAAAGAGCUGAAAGUACUUCAGAUCUUCUGCCAGUUCCUUCAGUUUCAUCUCCAGUCCAGUCUUCGAUGAGAAACCGUGGCUUAAAAACCAGCAUGCAAAGUAGUGGUGAAUCCAUUGAUUCGCUUAAUGAUGCCUCCAUUCGAGCAAGGUUAUUAGCUGAAGAGCAGGAAGCCCAACAGAUCAGUAAGAAAGAGAAGAGGGGUGAUCAGCGUAUUAAAGAAGUAUCUACACUGAGAAACAAACGAGUUAGCUCUGAUACUGAUCGGAAUAUAGGUAAGGAGCAGACGUCUGCAGGAAAAAGCCAGUCAGAAACUCAAGUUAGCUCUUACUUGCCAUCUAACAUGUCUGAUCUUGAACUUGGUGUCCUGGAAAACAGUAUGUCAGAUAAAGAGGAUGAUUUUCUGGGAACACUACGUGUUCCUAAUCAAUACAAAGACAUUAGUGAUCUUGUAAUAAACAAACUUCCAGGAUACACAAUGUAA